GGCACAGACAGGCUGCAGCAGUGCUAAAAGCUCUGGAGCAGCAGCUCAGCAGGUGUCCUCCCCUCUUCAUUUUAAGGAGCCCUUCCCCGACCGUGAGCAUCCCUGCCGGCUUGUGCCUGUCUGCCGUCCCAGCCUGCAGGGCUACACCUCCCGUGCCAGAGGCAAGGCGCUCCGGGGCGGUGGCGGCGUCCGUCUUCCAAAUUUCCUGCGAUCUCAAUGAUCACAAUCCGGACUGAAGCUUGACACCACGGACCUGACAGGACAGGACUGCAAUCCAUUUCUAUGACAACAGAGACGGCUUUGGCUGGGGAAUUGAAGAGCGCAAUGGAGGGUGACGCCAGGAGAACCAAUCAGGUUCCAGAGGACCAGGGGGAAAUGGACGAUAGCUCAGAGAAGACCCCCAGCAAAGCCUCCAAAUCCCCCCAGAAAAGCAACAAGCGGCCCAAGACUGUCCCCGUCAAAGUCACUCUGCUUGACGGCUCAGAUUAUGAGACUGGAGUUGAGAAAUUUGCCAAGGGCCAGACCCUGCUGGACAUGGUGUGUGGCCAUCUGAACCUGCUGGAGAGGGACUACUUUGGCCUGACUUUCCAGGACACGGACAACGCCAAGCAUUGGUUGGAUCCCUCCAAAGAGAUUAAGAAGCAAAUUCGGGUUGGUUCCUGGAUCUUUGGAUUUUCUGUCAAGUUCUACCCUCCAGACCCGUCUGUGCUCAUUGAAGACAUCACCAGGUACUACCUGUGCCUGCAGCUGAGGGACGACAUCCUGUCUGGUCGUCUGCCCUGCUCGUUUGUCACCCACGCCCUUCUGGGCUCCUACACUGUCCAGGCUGAACUGGGAGACUACGAGCCUGAGGAACAUGGCCCCGACUACGUCAGCGACUUCCGCUUUGCACCCAACCAGACUCGUGAGCUGGAGGAGAGAGUGAUGGAGCUGCACCGUAACUACAGGGGAAUGAGUCCAGCAGAGGCAGAGGUGAACUUUCUAGAAAAUGCCAAGAAGCUUUCAAUGUAUGGAGUGGACCUGCAUCAUGCUAAGGAUUCGGAAGGAAUUGACAUAAUGCUCGGUGUGAGUGCCAAUGGUCUGCUCAUCUACCGAGAUCGUCUAAGAAUCAACAGAUUUGCUUGGCCAAAAAUCCUGAAGAUCUCCUAUAAGAGAAGCAACUUCUACAUCAAGAUCCGCCCAGGAGAGUAUGAACAGUUUGAGAGCACCAUAGGCUUCAAGCUGCCCAACCAUCGGGCCUCGAAGCGAUUGUGGAAGGUCUGCAUUGAGCACCACACCUUCUUCAGGUUGGUUUCCCCAGAGCCGCCCCCUAAAGGCUUCCUGGUGAUUGGCUCCAAGUUUCGCUACAGUGGGCGGACCCAAGCUCAGACCAGACAAGCCAGUGCUCUGAUUGACAGGCCUGCCCCACAGUUUGAUCGGUCCGUUAGCAAGAGGUACAUGCUGCCCCGAAGCAUUGAUGGAGCUUCAGCUCUGGGCUACAGUAUGGACCAGCUGUCCCAGCGAAGCUCCAGCGAACGCACACAAUUCAUGUCCAGAGAAGAUCUAGACCAAGAGGGAAGUCUGGACCUGGACCACGAUCAGUACCAGUAUCAAGAUCAAGACCAGGACCAGUACACAGAUCAGGAGCUGGACCAGUAUGAUGGUCAGGAUCAGGAUCAAGUUCAAGUUCAGAAGCCUGCUCGUGGUGCCCACAUCUCAACGCCCACCAAGACUUUGGAGCUCAAGGGUGAGGAGGAAGGCUCGCCUGUAGACUCAAAACCAGAGGAUCUGGCCACCCCUCGGCCCAAACAGGAGCAGUUCUUGGAUAAGUCUGAAGAUGUUCUGCAAAAGCACCAGGCUAGCAUCAAUGAGCUCAAGAGGGCUUUGAGGCAGCCCAACAGCAAGAUGGCCCAGAGGGAGAAACGCCUGUCCUCGGCUACUCCUCCUGGAGGAACCCCCGAGCGGAAGCCAGAAACACCUCCCACACCUGCUAUUCACGAGGAACCUUUCAACGAAGCUUCAAGGGAACCGUGGGAAAGGCGUCUGGGCUCCGUCUCCGAGGAUGACCAGGACCACGAAAUCCUGUACCUGAAGGAGACCCACCUGGGCAUUGAGCGCAAAUGUUCCAGCAUCACGGUCAGCUCCACGUCCAGCUUGGAGGCCGAAGUAGAUUUCACCGUCCUCACAGACCUGCAAACGGGAAUGGAGGAGUUCUCCAGGGGCAUGACAGAGCUGGGGGAGAGGGAUCUGUCACCUGAUGUGGGUCUGUGCUUUGGCAUGGACUUGCUCCAGCAGCAGGGCCCCCCUGAACCGCCUCCUCCAUUAGUGUCCGCUCCUCUGUCCAGAGGAGUCAGCAGCAGCCCUCCGGUAAAGCAUAUCCAGGCCGAAGAAGUCCGACCAGAGGUCAAACGGCCCGAUGUGCAGCCUGUAGUACCCAAAAAACCAAAGAGGUCAGUGCCAGUGUCAUCGUCUGUGGACAGAGAACAGUCGCACAGAGAAGCCGGUCGUGUCUCUGCCAUCACACCGCUGAGCAGGGAGGCCAGUGAUGUCAUGCCCACACCGACAGUGAGGAAGACGGACGUCAGGACGGAGACUCAGCCCAACGGGUCAGAGGUCACCACGACCAUUGUGGAGUUCACAGAUCAGGAUCAUGGUCUCACUGGCCUGAGUGAAGUCUCUUAUUCUACGAGACAGAGCGUAUCCCCUGUGCAUAUGAGCAGUCUUGGCAGAGAGGCGUCAGGGUCGCCCAUCCUCGUCACUGAAAAUGUUACCUCGGCAACCACUCAAGUCACCAAGACGGUGAAAGGAGGAUAUUCAGAGACCAGGAUCGAGAAGAGGAUUAUAAUCACAGGAGACGAUGAUGUAGACCAGGAACAGGCUCUGGCUAUUGCAAUACAGGAAGCCAAGCAGCAGCAUCCAGACAUGCAGGUGACCAAGGCGAUUGUUGUCAGGGAAACAGAAUCGUCCACUGAGGAUCGACACAGCGCAUCAGAGUCCUGAUUUCCUGAGAUGAGAGCGCCCCCCUUUGGACCAGAAGUGUCAGUGCCCGACCUGAAAUUGCCACCCACCAUCCCUACUGAAAGACUACUGCCAGUGGCGCUCAAUUGGAGCCUCUUGUACACACAUACACACACACACAGCUGAAACAAGACUCCUUUGAAACCCUUGUGUUUUGUUUUAAUUCAAACAUUUUACUAUUGGAAUCAUUCAUGCUCAGCAGAGUGAUUUGGUGGUCAUGCUGAAAACACUCGUGGUCCUUGAUUGGCCGACAAUAUGCCACCAGAAUUCCAACCAUCUGGAACAAUUAAAGAGGUCCCAUCCGACUAAAUUCCCUGCAAACCUGUCAGGGCCUCUUUGUUCAACCCACUUGCUCCAGUAUUCCUCAGAGGGAAUCUGUGCACUCAUUCAGACUGUGGAAUACUCCAAAGCUCGUACCAUGCUGGUACUCAUCCCACGCAUUAAUUGGAAAACAGACAAAAAAGGUUGUGCACCUGAGAGUGUCAUUUACAUGUCUUUGCUGCUGUACUGAAUAACAAGAAAUCAUGAGAUCCCCGCUCUGUGUGAGGAAAAAAAUACAGAAAAUAAACCCCACUGUGUGUGCUUACACUUAAUCCAUCACAUGUAGCUCCAGUAAAGUUAGAGCAUCCUGUGAAGCGGAGUUAAAUUAGAACAGAGCGAUUCCUACUUUUAGUUUCCCCCCUCUAAUGAACAAAUGAGCUUCAUCCCGCCCCCUUCACACUGACUGAUGACGAUGCACUGAGCAGAACGGAUCAUGUAGAGCCAACAAGGUCGCCUGAUGGUGUUUAUCCAAGUGUUUGUCAUGAGGACCAAAGUCGGAGCUAGUCUGAUCGCUAUACUUCCCUCUUAUCUGUCUCACCUUAAAGGUUUUACUUCUGUAAAAUGUAGUUGACCAUGAUGUGCGAGCAUCUUGAUGGACUUUGAUUGGACUUUUAGAGAAUUCCUGCGUAUGUGUUUGGACGUUAAGAGCUGUUAAUUCACACAGUGUACCCGUUGUAUUUAUUCAAAAUGGUGGCGAUGUAGUUUCUGAGCAUGCUGAUGUUCCAGAAUGAGCCCACUAUCUCUCCUUUCACAGCCUUUAGAUAUGCUUUCAGUAUAUAAUAACACUUUGGCCAUUGUGUAGUCAGUACAUAGAGUAGACUCACACCCUUGUUCAAGUCACAGAACGGGCUGCUGCAUCGGUAAAACUAGUAUUUGAGAUAAUGUUUGCAUGAGAAUUUCUUGCAUUAUUGGACUGUAAUUGAGUAAUAUGGAUAUUCACUCAUGGGAAGGAUGAAACGUGAUGAUCAACAUAUAAUGGCAGAAUUAUCCGUAAUCUGAAGUCGAAUCUGAGCUCUGACAAGUAAAAAAGAAAGUAAGAUUCCUGGCAGGAGAUAACAAGCACACAAUACAUUUAGUUUAGUUAUGCCCAGGUUUAGGUGACAGCACAGUGGCUACAGAUUCUUCCUUCAGUUACAACCCUUUAAAAGUUUCAUCUCAAUCCAGCCACUGCUGCUGUUAUAUAACGUUAUUUUACAUUAUUAGCUUUUAAUUUCCCUGUAAAGCAACAUGAAGUCGGCCUGUCAUGCCUACAUUCAGUUGUGGUGACUGAAAUUUAUUCACCGCUAUAACAUACCUUCCUCCUCCUUCAAUAUACCCUGCAGUAACGGUUAUUAUGCAUCACAGCCCUUCUGAUACUCUUUCAAGCAAAGUACAGUGUUAUAAAUAAAAUAUACAGUAGGAGCAGAAGCUUUGAACUUUUAGUUUUGUGUCAUUUGGUACAUGAAUGUUAGCGGGAUGCCAUGUAGUGUGCCAAUUAAGGUAGCAGUCAAAUUGUACAAACUCUGAUUUUAUAUGAAACUAUUUGUAUGAACAAGCUACUUUUAAUUACAGAGGUGCCAGAAAGUCAAAACGCAUAAACUUGACACGGCGAGGUUUCCCUUUAAUUGCGGUGUCUUCAACAUCACCUGGAAAUUUCUGUCUCCUUGCAAAUGUCAUAUUUUAUAUACAAAUCAAUGCACUCAGAUUCAUUCAACUGAGAUCGACGACGUUGAAACUGUCAUGUCAGGUUUAUGAGAGUAUUACUGAAGUACGGCUUUGGCUUUCAGACACUAAACUUUACUGUUCACAUGUGUAGUGUAAUUCCUGUUGUUUCAUAUUUUGGUUCAGAAUCCUUUAAAGUGAUGGUUAAUCAUGGAUGUGGGUGUCAAACUGGAAGGUGGAAAAAAAAAAUGCAGCCAUGCAUACCUUGUACUGUAUAUUCGGUGCCGUUUGGUGGAUUGUGAAGACGUAAAGUAGUUAAUGGCCAUGGGCUUGAUGUACACUAGGGGGCACCAGUUACCAAACAAGAAGAGAGCUUUGCAACAACAUCGAGCACACCCAGCUGAAAUCCUCCUCACAUUCUUCACUACGAGGCGAAAUUAUCCAAAUCAUCCUUGGAUCAACCUGUGAGGUCAAACUUACCUUCCUCUGUCCAGAAAAGGCCUGCCCCUGGAUGUCUGUCAAAUAAUAACCAGACUGUGAUUAAUCAGAGACAUUUGGCUGUGGCUGAGACACCUGGUGCCGAAGUCUGAUUGGACGACCUCCGGCUGACCCUUAAACCUAGCCCUCUCCCCUCUGUACAGAGCCCUCCUCCUCCUCCUCUCUCUGAGCAGCUUCAUCUCCUCUGCUCUGCUGCUCUCCAUUGCUUGGUGCCGUGUCUUUGCUGUACAGUGUACUUGCAUUCCUUCGAAAUGAAUAAAGAACAGAGAAAAA